UUUACUUGUUUUACGCUUUUUGUUAGCUAAACAUUAGUAUUCUCCUAAUAAUAUGGCGUCAUGUGUACGCUGAAUUCAGUCAUCCGUCGUUAGUUUCCCCCGGACGUGAAACCUGUGUUUUCGCUGCUUGUGUGUGACUUUCAUACGUUUCCACGACGGAGGAGCAGCUCAUCUAAAUACUUCUCAGCGUCUUAAAAAGACGGUUAAAGCCAUGAGUUUUGCUGUUAAGAGACUGGUGACAGGGGUCUUCAGGGCAGCAUGGAGACCAUCAGUCACAGGGCUGGUUUCAUCUCGUGGUUACCGUGGAGAUGCUCCCGAUGACACCAAGGUUGACCUGAUUGAGAUCCCUCUGCCACCCUGGGAGGAAAAGCCAGAUGAAACCACUGACAUUAAGAGACGCAGGCUUCUUUAUGAGAGUCGCAAGAGGGGCAUGUUGGAGAACUGCAUAUUACUGAGUCUUUUUGCAAAGCAAUACCUGAGCACAAUGACAGAGAAGCAGCUGCGGCAGUAUGACAGGCUGAUUAAUGAACCAAGCAAUGACUGGGACAUCUACUACUGGGCGACAGAAGCUCUUCCCACUCCCGAGGUUUAUCAAGGAGAGGUUAUGGACAUGCUGAAGGAGUUCACAAAGAAUCGUAACCAUGAACAGAGGCUGGAUGCCCCCAGCUUGGAGUACCUGGAUAAGGAUAGUCGAUAAGGUCUAUGACCUUCUCGAAGACUCAACCCUCAUCAAGUGAAACAUCAAUGUUACAGCGUUCUAGAAAAAUGUUCUGGAAGUUAUGUUUUUCCUUUACAAAUGCAGCAACAUGUGUAAAUUUAUCAUGGAGGACAAAAAUGUUUAGAACACUUGACUAUGAAGUGCUUACAUGAGAAUUCGUAGCAGUCGACCGUUAAAUAGAGGCGUUAAUGGCUCUGAUGCAACACAAGGUCAAGUGUUGUGAAUCAUUUCUAAUAUCUAUGCUGUAUAUUUGUAAAUCAUGUUUGUAAAUUAAAGUCUGUAUGUGUAAGAUGGA